CUGUGUCCCUCGGACACAGCUAUCACGGAAAAGCCGAAGAUGUCGGCUCGGUCAUGUGAUCAGCUGUGUCCAAUCACAGCUGGUCAUGUGAUCAGUUGUGUCCAAUCACAGCUGAUCACUGAUGAUCAGUGUAGCCCCAGCAGUGCCAGCUGUCAGUGUCCAUCAGUGCCACAUCAAUGCCACAUAUCAGUGCCUACCAGUGCACAUCAAUGCCACAUAUCAGUGCCCAUCUGAGCUGCCUUUCAGUGUCACCCAUCAGUGCCAGUCAGUGCCACCUAUCAGUGCUGCCAAUCAGUGCCACCUAUUAGUGCCAGUCAGUGCCGCCUAUCAGUGCCAUGUAUCAGUGCUGCCUUUCAGUGCCCAUCAGUGAUGCCUGUCAAUGCCAAAUGCCAAUCAGUGCCGCCUAUCAGUGCGCAUCAGUGCCGCCUAUCAGUGCCAUCAGUGCCGCCUAUCAG